GAUUCAAAAUCCGAAUAUGGCCGCUUUCAUCCGUGUUUUUGAUCAUCGAAUGUCAUCCUAGUAGUCGUGGCAUCGCAAUAUUAUGUGUUCCCUCGAUGUUUUUAUAAGAGUAUUGUCCUAGGAUAUUAGAUUAUUUUAAAUUAAUCAUGGCUGGGAACGGCGACUACUGCGAUACUGAAGCUCUGAAGAGGAUGUUGAGCGACUCGUGGGAUGGAAACGCUGUCCAGUAUUUGAACAAAUACGAAAUUGAAAGGACAGCCAUGUCAAACCCACUUUUGCAGAGGCUUGAAAUGUCGUACAAAUCUGUCAUUCUGGUACAGCGAUGUCAGUCUAGGAGAAUGUCUCGCUCCAAGUCAACCUCCUCUACUCUGUUCAUCGAUGACACAUCCGACUCGGAGUGCGAACUGGAACUAACCGGAUGUCCUUUGGAGUGGUCAAUGGAGCCCAAGAGUUUUUCCCUCCUUGAAUCUCCGCCCUACGAGGACUCGAGCAAGAAUUCCGAGUCCUCCAGCAAGGACAAACUUCGAGCCCUUCCUGCGGAUGAAGCAAGGACGCUGCUUAAUGCGGUGGUGAGCAUGCUGGGCACCUGCGGCUACGUGACAGACACGGACCCCGUGUGGGUGGCCUGCGACGGCACGGACCCCCAGUACACGGCCUUCCUGGGCUACCAGAAGGGGGGCGGGCAGUGCUCGCGGGUGGUUGUCACCUGCCGCGGACCCAUUGAAAGCAAGGAGGACUUGCCAACAUUUGGCUGCAUCCAGAGGAAACAUUUCUGGGGAUUGUCCCAGUCUCACUCUCACACAACAAUGCAGGUGAAUGCAAAGUACGACGUCCUGCAGCACUAUGAUCCGUCCCAGCGGAGCAGCAGCGAAGACAUGAUGCAGCUCGACUGCUCCUGGAGCAAGGCCACCGUGCUCCAGCAACCACCCACCGCCGACGCACUCUGCAACCUGACGAUCCAGAUCCUACCAGGCAACGAUCGCAGUCCCACCAGGUGCAUCUACAAGGAGCUGCUGUUCCUCAAGAGGCUUGUGGACAGCCUGAAAAGCGGAGAAGUCCUGUGGGCGCCGGACUUGGCUGGACCACCAUUCUUGGAGAAGGUGAAGGCGAUGCUUAAGGAGAGCCGGAAGGGGAGUUUCCGUGGGAAGUCUGGGACGCCUUUUCCGGACGUCGGAUGGAACUCCUCUGACUUCGACCUGUACAUCGAGACGGUGGUCAUGGCCAAGCGCCAGGUGGUGGACUUUACCGACGAAAUGUGGAAUGUCUUGUCCGGCUGUUCCUCCUUCCAAGAGCUCAAGGACGGCCUGACCAUGGUCUUCAGGGCAGUCCAGGCGGGAGAGAGCAGGCCAUUGAUUGUGCCCAAGAAUGGGACCAUGGUGGGCGGCAUCCUGCGGGACAUGAGCCAGCAGCUGCGGCCAGAGCCAGCCAUGGCGGGCAUCACGCCCAUCCGCAUGCUGGCCGAGAUGGGACUCCAGAAGCUGCACAGGGACUACCUCAACAUCUUCGUCGGUCUGGAGCUGGCCAGCCAAGACCAGCUGUUGCCCUUCUUCUUGGGUCCCGGGGACCUUGCAGUGGCAGUGGCCGAGCUGAUGAAGCUGCAGGGGGUUCUGGACAUGGUGAUGCUGUGCAAGACCUACCUGCACCUCCCCAUACACUACCUCAGUGGAUAUGCCAGAGAAGCGCUAAAGUAUUUUAGCGACGCUGAGAGGGGAAAUUACAUUCACAAGUUCAAGUUCCCGGUUAAGGUGCCUGUGGUCAGGGUGGUUCUGGAAAACGUGUCUCCCGUGGAGUGGACAGCGUCCAUGAAGAGCCGCCAAGGGAAUUAUGCCGCCCACACCAUCACCCACAUCAGCACCACGUCCCCCUUCGACCACCUGGUGGCCGAGAAGAGCUGCGACACAGUGAGACACCCAAGAGAUUCAGACUACUACUGCACCAUCAUCUCAAGCACUCAGGACACCCUCAGAUUCCCAAAAUAUGAAGCCCAUACAGCUGUACAAGUGAAGCCGAUACAACAGCAGGUGUUAGCCAAUCGCUCUAUGCGGACGGUGUAAAGUUCUCAUUGUUUCCCCAAAUACACUGAAUAGUAUUUCAAUUUGAUGUUUUAAACUAAACAGUUUUUGCACAGCAGAGACAGGAGAGAGGAUUCGAGGGAUAGCGUGGCAGUGCCUUCCCUGCCCUAAAAAGAAGAUAAGAAAGAAGCUCGCUUUUCCUGUCGGAGGCCAGCACCACGUGUGCAUGAUAAGCGGAAACUUCGAUCAAUUGAAGCUGUUCCCGGGAACUACUUGGCAUUUUGAGAAAAGGGAUACAUGUGUACGAUAAAAGUAAAAUAAAGAUAGAAAGAAAAAAAAAUUUCAUUUGAUUGAGGUUGGUUAUAUCGAGGUUUAUCUACUAGGCAUUAUUAUCAUGGAAAGAAGAGUACAGUUUGGUUUUCUAUAAUGCCUGAUUGUAAGUUAGGAGUCUUGGUGCUGCAAAAUGUUUAAUGGAAGUGGGUAGCGCAUAUCAUGUAGCUGACCUAUAACUGAACAUAGUUAUUUCUUCAUUCAGUUUGAUUAUAUACCUUUCCUGUGGGCCAGAUGAAUUAAACGAAGUGCAACAAUUAGUCUUGCAAGGUGCAACACUGCAGUUUAUGACAAGGGCACAUUUUUGUGCUGACCAAGUGAUGAACUGACUUCAGUCACAAAUACUCAAAGUCUAGAAUGGGAAGGUUGGUCUAAGUCCUAGAACUGAACGGAUAGCUUUUCUGCAUUUAGAAAAUAGACAGCAGGUUGGCAACUGCGGCGCCUGUAGCCUCGACAUUGGGCAACAUUUUAAACUCGUCGCAAGGAAACUCUAUUCAUCUCGCUGAGUACCUGUAAGUGUGACUCGGUACAUUUGCAAGUGUGCAAUUUAUUUUGAAACUUGCUUACAUUUUGGUGUAAGUACCUGUAGUAUGAUCACUUCUGAAGCGUAACUUUCACUGCUGCGUUCCUCAAGACCAAAGAACAGAGUCCCAAGCUGCCGCGCGGUCUAACUUAACAAUGGCUAGAGCGUAGCUAGGAACUGCGCUAUAACCAACAGCACAUUGUCUUUUCUUUAGCAAGAAAUUGACGAAUUUUCAUCUGUGACUUGUUGGAAGCCAGUGAAUUGCUUGGUUUUGUAACAAAAUGCUUCUAGCAAUCUAGUUUGUCUAUGUCAUUAUAGGGAGUUCAACAUGAACACUCGAUAGACAAGGACAUGAAUAAAGACAAAGUAUUAAAGUCACAAUUGAUAGUCAGCAGUGUGUUUGUUCAUUGCCUCCAUUUCUGUUUGUCUAGUGUUCAAACGGACCUCCCUGCAAUGCUUCUGGCAAUCAGCCUUGUAGUAUAUUGUAACGUUGUAUCUUGGACAACUAAUUCUAGCACUCCGUUUGGUAGGUCUGUGUGGCCCCAUGUGUAAAAUCUACUUAAAGGUUUCCAAUAAGAGUGGAUCCAUCUUCCGAAGGAAGGCCUAAGUACCCCUGACUGGAAUACAGAAUUUAUAAUGGGUUAGCAAAAGCUAACCGAUUAUGGUUUACCCAGGUUUAACCAUAGUUGCAUCCCCAGUAAUUGUCGUGCCUUUGGCACGACAAUUAGUGAAUUUUGAAUAACGCACGUUGAGUCUAUGCAGUGGGGCCUCUUUGUCGAAGGUCGCGCUCUCCCUGCAGCACCUUAACUGCUCUCGAGAAAGCAGGACAAGCUGUACAUGUUUACGUGCUGCAAUCAGUUUUGACCAUUUAGAUAUAUCAGCCGUGCCAUCCAGAUGCACUGAAUUGUUGGUGCUUCAUCUACUCUUUGUCCUAGAAAGUGCAUGGGAGACUUGUACUAGUUUACAAUGCCAUAUUUGAGAAGAAUCCAAUUUUUUAGGGUUCAGCAUUCUAUGUGUAAUUCAUAUAAUUCUAGUAGGUCUAGCUCCCUGGUAGCAGCCAUGCUGAUUGCUUAUAGGUCCCAAACAUAACUACUCUGCCAGUCAUCGAGCACUGGAAAUAUCAACUCUUCAUUCUUUUGGACAUAUAAAUUUGUCCUCACCACCUCAUUCAAGGUCUUAUGGUACAAACAUAGCCAUAGUAGUAAGGACAUAAAACAGUAGAGUAGUGUUCUAGCUUGUAGAACUGAUUUCUCUUGACGGACUUGCAAGGAUUUCUGCCAGUAACUCUGACUUGCCGUAGCUGCUGUCGCAAGGUCGGAUGCCAUUACUAUCAACAGCAUCAGUGCUCAUUACUUCGAUUUUCGUAUCCUUCACAUGUUCCUGUUUUCCAUUAUUGCUUUAUAAACAAAGUAGGUGUACUCUUCUAUUACAACCCAUUUGAAAGUGUUAGGAGACAAUGAAACGAUUCGUCCAAGGAGUUUCUUAUAUUUGUAACGUGACGAGCCGGUCCACUUAGCUUGACACAACACUCGUUUUGCUUGAGUGAUGCUCAAUGUUUCCGGAUUACCCGGUCAAUGUUUGGUACUCUGCAAAGUUCUGUCGACACUCAAAAGUCUUGCUUUGGUUACACGGGUGGCACUGACAAUCAGGUCGAUUCUGAGAAAUUUGCCGAUUCAUUGUCUUAUUAUAUCUGCUGUCACUAAUUUCUGUCGCAUUAUACAUCUGUAUACAAAGGAUUUGUUCUUACGAAAACUACUUACGGGACACAUUUUUGCUACCAUUUUUGAGGGGCAAUCUUUCCCAAACCUUAUUUGUGACGUGAGUUGCGCAGCAUUUGUGGAUGAAGCUGGGAAAUAGCAGGAGGGGAUGGGAAGCCAGGGGUAAGAUGCUGGGAAGAAGAAGAAAGUGCCGCCGUGGGUUGUGCAAGCUCUGCACCUCACAGGUGUUACAUUUGUCAUUCCGUCUGAGGUGAAAGGUUUAAGCCGCGCUCGCACUCCUUGUACAUCAUGUAAGAGACAGUCUACAAACAUUGUCCGAGGCAAGUUUCUUCCUCACACAAUGGUCACAUUGGUCCUACCAAAAAUGUCUUCAGACAUGUUGCAAGCGUACACAUACGUAAAGCAAGCAUGUUUCGAACGUGACUGAAUAGUAUCCGCUUGUAAUUCUGUCAUGUCAUGUCUGCAUCAAAUGCCGCGUCUUGCAUGACGUGUGGGCAGUGUGAGCGUGGCUCCGAACAUUCCCCGCAACCCCUGUGCUGCCACCCCUUGCCGUGGAUCAUGUUUACGUGGCAGAGUCUGUAUAUAAACCCCCGAGGUUUCUGUUUGUCCUACUGAGUCCUGCCAAGCAUCUGGUGCCUCUUUCGUUGCACCAAAAUGGAAGCAUGCUGUUACAAGAGAAAUGUGCUUGGUCUAGCUAUGUUUUUCUAAGUUGUAUGUAUUGUACUAUAUGUAACUUUGACAGACUUUUUAUUGUUUUAAAACGCUAGUUCUUUUUUUUUUGUGCUUGCAACUUGUAAGAUUAGUUGAAAUGGCUGAGCAUUCUGGGUCAGACUGUCCUUUUGUGCAGAGGGGCAUUGUUUUAGUCCCUUCAGUAGGGUAGGAACCUCAGAAUGCGCACAUUGGUACAAUCAAAUUGUGCAACUGGCAUAAAAUCCUGAACGGACGCCCACACACAGUGACGAGAUUAGCGGUGAAAAAUAUAGGGUGGGCGAUCUUUCAAAACAAGACUGCAAAAUUUUACAGAAAUAUUUACAAUACACGUGUGCACCUGUAACAAACUCGCACAAUAUUGAAACCGCCAUCGCGGACGCAAGAAGCCAGCACUCUAGGGUGAAGUGAUUUCAUCGACCACGCAGAAAAUAUUUUUUGCUGCGUAAUCACAAUUUCUUCAGGGUUGGUCCAUGCAGCAGCCGUCUCUCGCCUCAGCAAUUUACAUGCAUUCCAACAAUCGCUAACAAUUUAAAAAUAAAAUAAAGAAACUGCAGCACGCGCACGAAUGAGCCAAUGCAUUGAGCGGAUUUGGUAGCAGUUUCCCACCAUCUAGCUGACGGCGGCGGUGAAAGACACGCAGACUGCAUGCCCUCAGUGACGUCGGCUAGGUGGCGCAGCCUGCCGCCCGAUACAGUAGAGAGUCUAGAUUAAAGAGAUUGCUGAUCUUAAACCAGACAGAGCAUUCGCAGAUUGAUGGCCUGCUCCCGCUUCGUGGAUUAGUCGCAUACACGACGGCCGCGCAUUGCCGCGUGGCGAGGAGGAUAGCUGGUUGAGGGGCUGGCAAAAGCUCUGGGACGCUUGCAGACGACCCGUGCUUUUGCCUCCUCGCACCUCGAACGUGGCCCAUGAGCCUCGAUCAAACAGUUGGAAAUACUCUGAAAUCUAGACACUUUGAAUACAUGUGUGAUAUCUCAAGCAAGCUGCUGUUCCCUCACAAAAAUGAUCAGUGAGUUUCAUUCGAGUUUCUAAUGUAUUCCUAUAGAGUACAUGAGAAACUCAAUUGAAAUUCUUUGAUAAUUUCUGUAAGGGUUGGCUUUUUUUUUUUUUUACCUCCAUAGUUUUUGACUAGGCGGGAACUCAGCCUCCAGCACACGUCCGUUGCCUUUCGCGGUGUCUUGGCUGCGCUUGCACGCUCGAGAGACGUCCAAGCGUUAUCCAGGAUGGCGAUCUCGCGCUGGAGGCGGGACAACAUCUCCGUGCCGUUCUCAUCCAUCAGUAGCUAUAAUCUACCACCGCCGUGAGUGGUGGUAGAGAAGGCGAUUGGUGGAAUUAGCUGUGCCGAGUGUCUUUCACAAUUUCCAACACUAUUAUCUAAAUUUACUCUUCUUUUGAACAUGGUGAACUGACAUACCGUAAAUUAAAAAAAAUAACUCGCACGUACAUUCAAUCUCGCAGCUCUCUACAGGCAAAGGCACAAUUGCGUGAGCCCAGCUCAGCAGAAGCCUUUGUUUGCACAAGAACUCGCGCGUAGAAGGCACUUUUCAAGAGAACGCGCCUGCGUCUUUGUCAUCCCUACGGGUGCUUGUGAGAUGGAGUGUAGCUGUUUCAUUUACUGCGUUUUUCGCCACGUUGCGAUUGCAAUAAAAUUGAGCGAGCUUCAUCCCAUCAGAUGCAGGACCUUUUCCUUUAAUUUAUCCAGUUUAAAAUUAGUACCUUGGCACUAACUUUUUUAAGUGGUAGCGUGGUGGCUGUUGAACAUCCCACGAAUUUGAUGAGAUGGGCAAUGGUUGAGCAGUUUUCACCCCACGAAUAUUUAGCUAGAAAAAUGAAGUGGCUGAUCUUUUAGGGAUGGCCGUUCGUUCAGGGUUUUAUGAUACUCCAGCGCACGUUUUGGACAGCAAUAUCGGAGAUAAAGGUAUAAAAAUGGAAGUUCUGCUGAUUUUGUUUUGUUUGCGCAAGCUUCCAUGCAAGGAAGUAACUUUUUCGAAUGCCGCACGCUUGUGCAAGUUUCCCUAUAUGCUAUGCAGAACUUCCUUGGGAUGAAUAGGAAGACAUUUCCUGUUUUUUUUUUUUGUUUCUUUUUUGUUUGGAUUAUGUAGAUAUGUGAGCUAAACUAAAAGUUUAAAAAUGAUGCCACUGCUUUUUCUUUGUGCAAUAUCGGUGCAUAUAGACCUAUUUCACAAAGGUGAUGGCAUCUUAAAAUAUCACUUCCAGUAUGGGCGAAAAAUUGUUUUGCCAUCACCACGCCAAUAAAAUACAUUUAGGAUAUCAGCAUAACCGUCAGCAAUUUUCGUUUUGUCUCCCCUCUAUUGUUUUACUGUUUGCAGGUUGAAAUGUUUUAUUAUUAUUUCGUCGCCGAUAUUGGGUAUGCCUACCAGAUGGCUGAGGACGAGGUAUGCGAAAAAGGUCCAUAUGCUGAACUAUCUUUGUUUAAAAUUAGGCUUAUUCCAUUUAAUUUGGUUGAAUAUGAAUAAAGAACAUGUUGACAUGACUUUUGUCCUAUUUUAAUUUUUUUAGAUUUUUCGUGGAGAACCUAAAACAUGUGCAUAAAUUUUAUGUUGAAACAUUGUCUGCUUGGAAGAACAAGCCUCAUGGGUUUUAUUUUUCUUGCUAUGUCAAAUGUAUAUAUUUCUCAGUGACACCCCAUAAACUUGUUCUGUGUCCUAUUCAGGUCAGUCAUGUGAACCAUUAUUUGACAUUUUUGUAUGCAGUCCUGAAGGAUACUCUAGAUACUAUAGCAUUUAGCAGUUCAUUUGAGAGGAAGGUGAUUAUAGUUUGUCUUGUGCUUGUUUUAAUACCUGUCAUAAUUUGAUGUUCUGAUUAUGCAACUUGCAGUAUUAAGGUUCUACAACCAUUGCAUUGUUAUUAAGAGGUAAAAACUGACAUAUUCAAAUUUGUUUGCCCCUAUUGUUUAACUUUUCUUUUUAAUUUUCUUUUUUACAGUUAAGAAUGCCUGCCCACUGUAAUCAACCAUUAUAAUCAUGCGAGAAUAUACAGUUGCUUUUUCAUGUUGGCCAUCAGCCGUUAGCCCAAUUUUGAAGAGUAUUUUUGGAAUUGACGAGUGUAAUAGUUUGGUAUUUGUUGAGUUGGUAGUUUAGAUCAGAAGAGUUCCAUGUGUGGUUCAGAAGUACAUACCAUACUCAUGCCAAAUGUACUAGUAUGUGACUACUGCUGUGUUUUCUUCAUAAUAAUCUGAAGAACCCUAACUUCAUGCUUGAAGCAUGAGUCAAACUACAAAUUGUUUCUUUGAAUCUUUCGAGUGGUUGCUGGAGAUUGUGUUAUGAUCUUGUCACAGGUUGAGGUUUUGAGUUGUCGCAUAAAAUUACUUUGUAGGGCAAGAGUAUCUUGAGACAUCACUUGUAUCAUGUGAAACCAAGAGUCGGGACAGCCCCUCUGUAGCACGUAGACAGGAAGUAAAGGCAGUAUUUUGUUUUGCAAGCUUAAUUUUUCUUUAUUCAAAUUUGAUUGUGACAAAAGGGUUUUUCUCAGAGUAAUACAAAAUGACAAUGCAUGAUUGCUGUUUGACCUUCUGUCCAUCCACAAUACUGUUGUUCAGCAUUCAGUGAAUUAUAAUAUAUUUGUGUACCUUGAUUAGCAAAAGAAACAGCAAUAAAAAGUAUAGCCUUGUUUGGUUC